ACCGUCAACCACGGACACCAUGAUCAUGUCCUCGAGCUCGUGGUAAGCCACGGCGACUCCGGCUUAAUUUCUGUGCCCAAAUUUGACGUUCACCAUGAGCCAUGGCCCAUAUAUGUCCCUACCAUCUGCGCAGCCUGCCAUGUUCUCUUCUACAUGUUCAUCAUCUAGAAGCAUUCACCGCCCCAGCGUCUCGUUUUGACAGGGACUCGAAGGGUCCUGCCGAUUAUGUGUAUAUUUGCUUGAUGCGUGCGUGCCUCGAUGUCUGCACUAACCCUCCUGCUCUUCCUUGUCUCUCGCCUCCAUGUCGACGAUGCAGAGAGUCUCUGUCCUUUCCGGUCUGGUCUUCGCACUCGCCUCUUUCAUUCCAGGCGCUUUCGCUCAGGGAACCAAUGCGACAUGUGAGACUGGAUUCGAUUGGAUGGUCAACUCUCGGGGGCAGAGUCCAUGCUUGGUAGCAGCAUAUCUUAACACUCCAUGUAUCCGCGAUCCGUCUGACGCAUAUGUUUUCGCAUUGCCUCCAGGUUUCCAUUAUCGACCCCCGAUACCUUCAACGGCUACAGAAUGCCAAUGUAGUUCUGUAUUUUAUUCCGUGUUGCAAGCUUGCGCCAUUUGUCAAGGCGAUCCAAGCGUCCCUUGGUCUACAUGGAACAUGAACUGCACCUCUGCAGUUUACCAGAGCGUUUAUCCCCAUGACAUUCCUGUCGGCACGUCUAUUCCGGCAUGGGCGUACCUUGAUGUUAGCCUGCCAGACAAUUUCAACUUGACAGGUGCCCAAGCCCUCGCCGACACCCAUCCGCCCGAAUCCACAGCUGUAGGCGCUCCAACCUCCGUUGUCAGCGUAUCCCCCACUGCUUCCGGUUCCGCUAGUGGAUCCGGUGCCCCCAAUGUAACACCUAGCGUUGGCUCCUCUAAUGGAAGCGCUUCAACGAGCGGCGGAGGAACGAACGUAGGUGCUAUCGUAGGUGGUGUAAUUGGAGGUGUGAUCGGUCUUGCUCUCAUUGUCGGUGCUGUCUGGUGGUUCAUGCGUCGAAGACGGCAUACGAAAGCCCAUGCGCCUGCUUCCUCUCAAUUCGACAUCAGUGGUCAACAGCCGAUUACACCAUUCAAUGAGAAGCAGCAGCAGCCUUUGCUCAGCAGCCCUGUUCCUCAAAUGGGUAUGAGUCCUCCACCGUUUGCUCCUCAGCCGGUACCCACGCCUCCGCCUACUGCCGGAAAGAUCUACAACCCUAAUGACCCUUCCACCUUCCCUGGUGCUUCGCCGGAGACUUCAUUGAGUCCCACUGCUUACAGCCAACCGGCAUACGGUUACCCUCAGAACGUGGCAAACGUAGGUUAUACUCAGGCACCUGGACGAUACAGUGGGGUCCCAGAGUUGUAGGAAUAUCUCCGGAGAGGGAUGUGUGGUGAUAUCAAGGAACGAAGUAAUAUUGAUGUGUUUGGUGACGUACUUGGAUAUUGCAUCUUGGUUUUGAACUACUUUAGUUUACCGUUUGCUACACUUCUGGCACUACACCUACUAUGACAUCGGCUUCGAGUGUU